CUGAUUCGACUCAUUAACCCGGAUAUUCAGGAGCCGCCCAGAUUUACAGUGGUUUUUAUACAUUUGGCUUGUUAUUAAUCUGUUACAUACACAUCAGAAUGGAGUUCAGUCUUCGUGCAGCCACGCUUGAAGAUUGUAAAGACAUCCGGCGCAUGAUGUCGGAGCUCGCAGAACAUGAGAAGUUAGAAAAAGAUCAUGUCAAAAUUACAGAAAAAGAUCUAGAGCAGGAUGGGUUCUGUGAAAACCCUUUUUUUUAUGGAGUAAUUGCUGAGGUUCCAGAACAGCACAAGAGUAAAGAUGGUCAUACUAAAAUAGGUUAUUCCAUAUACUUCUACUCGUAUAACUCAUGGAAGGGCCGGUCUGUGUUCAUGGAGGACUUGUAUGUGAUGCCAGAGUUUAGAGGUAAAGGCAUUGGCAAAGCACUUAUGAGCAAAGUUGCACAUUUGGCAUUGGAUGCAGGGUGCAAACUGUUGAAUUUUACUGUAUCAAACCAGAACAAAAGAGCUCUUGAUUUUUAUCAGAGCCAGGGCAGCCUAGACUUGACCACUUACCUGGGCUACCAUUACAUGUGCUUUUAUGGUGAUGCCCUCCAACAGCUGGCAAAAUGAAGACAGUAAAUGUUAGGGUCCAAUCCUAUUUUCUUUUACCUGUAUAAUUAUUCUCAUACAAUAUAGAAAAAUUUGACAGAAAAAUGGACAGUAUGGAAAAUGCAAAUAAAAUAAAAAUGCAGUGUUCCUUACAUUUA